CGCCGGGCCCGGCGUCGCGUCAGGGCUGGCCGGCGGCGGAGGAGGCGAUGGCAGCGGACACCGAGCGGGCUUGAGGGCUCGGACCUGCUCCCUCCCGGGCGACGUCGGGCCCGACCCCGCACUGCGGCCUCAGCUCGCUCCGCUCCAGCUCCCUCCCUGACCGCUGCCUGGGCGGAGGCGGAGGCCCGGGCUGGCCGUCCUGUUCGUGCCCCGGCUCGGUCCCGGACGGCCCGGCAACUGUGCAAAGAGGAGGCCGAGUCGGUAGUGAAAAGAGAAUCCUGAAGAAUAGGAUCUCAAGAUGAGUAAAAAGCCCCCAAAUCGUCCUGGAAUCACUUUUGAGAUUGGUGCUCGUUUGGAGGCACUGGACUACUUACAAAAAUGGUAUCCAUCACGAAUUGAAAAAAUUGACUAUGAGGAGGGCAAGAUGUUGGUCCAUUUUGAGCGCUGGAGUCAUCGUUAUGAUGAAUGGAUUUACUGGGAUAGCAAUAGAUUGCGACCCCUUGAGAGACCUGCAUUAAGAAAAGAAGGGCUAAAAGAUGAGGAAGAUUUCUUUGAUUUUAAAGCUGGAGAAGAAGUUCUCGCUCGUUGGACAGACUGUCGCUAUUACCCUGCCAAGAUUGAGGCGAUUAACAAAGAAGGAACGUUCACAGUUCAGUUUUAUGAUGGAGUAAUUCGUUGUUUAAAAAGAAUGCACAUUAAAGCCAUGCCUGAGGAUGCUAAGGGGCAGGUGAAAUCCCAGCAUCCACUAAGCUGGUGUUGUCCUAUCGACCCAGCUGGAGCGUGUAACCAGUCUAUGGGAAGGGAGGAUUGGAUAGCUUUAGUCAAAGCAGCUGCUGCAGCUGCAGCCAAGAAUAAAACAGGGAACAAACCUCGAACCAGCGCUAACAGCAAUAAAGAUAAAGAGAAAGAUGAGAGAAAAUGGUUUAAAGUACCUUCAAAAAAGGAAGAAACUUCAACCACUAUAGCCACACCAGAAAUUGAGAAGAAGGAAGAUCUGCCCACAUCUAGUGAAACAUUUGUAGGACUUCAUGUAGAGAACGUUCCAAAGAUGGUCUUUCCACAGCCAGAGAGCACAUUAUCAAACAAGAGGAAAAAUAAUCAAGGCAACUCAUUUCAGGCAAAGAGAGCUCGACUUAACAAGAUUACUGGUUUGUUGGCAUCCAAAGCUGUUGGGGUUGAUGGUGCUGAAAAAAAGGAAGACUACAAUGAAACGGCUCCAAUGCUGGAGCAGGCGAUUUCACCUAAACCUCAAAGUCAGAAAAAAAAUGAAGCUGACAUUAGCAGUUCUGCCAACACUCAGAAACCUGCACUGUUAUCCUCAACUUUGUCUUCAGGGAAGGCUCGCAGCAAGAAAUGCAAACAUGAAUCUGGAGAUUCUUCUGGGUGUAUAAAACCCCCUAAAUCACCACUUUCCCCAGAAUUAAUACAAGUCGAGGAUUUGACGCUUGUAUCUCAGCUUUCUUCUUCAAUGAUAAAUAAAACUAGUCCUCCACAGCCUGUGAAUCCCCCUAGACCUUUCAAGCAUAGUGAGCGGAGAAGAAGAUCUCAGCGUUUAGCCACCUUGCCUAUGCCUGAUGAUUCUGUAGAAAAGGUUUCUCCUCCCUCUCCAGCCACUGAUGGGAAAGCAUUCUCCAUCAGUUCUCAAAAUCAGCAAGAAUCUUCAGUACCAGAGGUGCCUGAUGUUGCACAUUUAUCACUCGAGAAGCUGGGACCUUGUCUCCCUCUUGACUUAAGUCGUGGUUUGGAAGUUACAGCACCACUAGCCCCAGAUCCCUCUUUCCAUAAUGAAUGUCCCAGGGCAGAAAAGGAAGAUACACAGAUGCUUACAAAUCUUCCUCCCAAAGCAGUAACUGAUGGAAGAGGAGCUGCAGCAGCAUCAGGAAUAUCGAAAACAGAAAAAAAAGUGAAAUUGGAAGAAAAAAGCUCAACAGCAUUUGGUAAGAGAAAAGAAAAGGAUAAAGAAAGAAAAGAGAAGAGAGACAAAGAUCACUAUAAACCAAAACAGAAGAAGAAGAAGAAGAAGAAAAAGAAAUCUAAGCAGCAUGACUAUUCAGACUAUGAAGACAGUUCCCUAGACUUUUUGGAAAGGUGCUCUUCUCCACUAACUCGAUCUUCUGGGAGUUCUCUGGCUCUGCGAAGCAUGUUUACGGAGAAAAAUACAACAUAUCAGUACCCAAGGGCAAUUUUGUCAGUUGAUCUUAGUGGUGAAAACUUAUCAGAUGUGGACUUCCUAGAUGAUUCUUCAACGGAGAGUUUGCUCCUGAGUGGGGACGAGUACAAUCAGGACUUUGAUUCAACCAAUUUUGAGGAAUCCCAGGAUGAAGAUGAUGCUCUUAACGAAAUUGUGCGAUGUGUCUGUGAGAUGGAUGAGGAGAACGGCUUCAUGAUUCAGUGUGAAGAGUGCCUGUGCUGGCAGCACAGCGUGUGCAUGGGGCUGCUGGAGGAGAGCAUCCCAGACCAGUACAUCUGCUACGUCUGCCGAGACCCUCCUGGUCAGAGAUGGAGUGCAAAGUAUCGUUAUGAUAAGGAUUGGUUGAAUAAUGGGAGAAUGUGUGGGUUAUCGUUUUUAAAAGAAAAUUACUCUCAUCUCAAUGCCAAAAAGAUAGUUUCCACACAUCACCUGCUCGCUGACGUCUAUGGAGUUACAGAGGUACUGCACGGGUUACAGCUGAAGAUUGGAAUACUAAAGAAUAAGCAUCAUCCUGACCUGCAUCUUUGGGCUUGUUCUGGGAAGCGGAAAGAUCAAGAUCAAGUAAUUGCCGGGGUGGAGAAAAAAAUAACAGUGUUCGACACGGCUAAUGUGGAAGAGAAGAAAUACCAUGUACAAAACCAUAAGGAGCCACCUCGUUUGCCCCUAAGAAUGGAAGGAACUUACAUAACAAGUGAGCACAGCUACCAGAAGCCACAGAGCUUUGGUCAAGACUGCAGAUCUCUUGUGGACCCUGGGAGCUCAGAUGACGAUGAAGACGUUAGCAGUUUUGAAGACGAACAGGAAUUCCACAUGAGGGAGAGAAGCCGCUCGCGAUACCCAGUAAAGGAGGAUGGAGUGCCCGAAAAGAAUACAGCUGAAAGGAAUACAGCAUUUGUUUACAAUGAUAAAAGGGGCGCUGAAGACCCUGGGGACGCACAUCUUCAGUGGCAGCUCAAUCUCCUUACGCACAUAGAGAACGUGCAGAAUGAGGUCACCAGCAGGAUGGACCUGAUAGAAAAAGAAGUUGAUGUUCUGGAAAGCUGGCUUGAUUUCACAGGGGAGUUGGAGCCACCUGAUCCGCUUGCCAGGCUGCCCCAACUUAAACGCCACAUCAAACAGCUCCUGAUUGACAUGGGCAAAGUACAGCAGAUAGCAGCUCUCUGCUCUGUAUGACAGCAAUGAACAGCUAAUGCAGUGAAUGUGGCUCUGUUCAGUCGACUAAUUUUUAUUAUCCACGUGGCUGCUAAGUGGAUAGAUAAAAAGCUUAGUGAUGUUUGGUCAUUUACUGAUUUGUGACAUCAAUAGGAUGGCACCUUGGAAAGGAAAAGAACAACGUUAUCAAGGAAGCUAAUAUAAAAAAAAAAAAGUAUGAGCAAGAUACAAAUGCUCACGUGUCAUAUGCCAGGAUCAGUAGAG